AUGAGUGAGGUUUCGUCGCUUUUCGCUGCGUCCCUCUCUGUGGAACACAGAAAAAGCGCUGAGGCCGAGCUUGAGAACCUUUCGGUCCAACAAGGCUUCUUACCCUAUGUGCUACAAAUCGUGCUUGACCAGAACAAGGCAGUAACGAUUCGGCAAGCUGCAUGUCUCUAUUUCAAGAACCAAAUACGAAGAAGGUGGGAAGACGAAGAUGAGCCACCUAUUUCUGAAGCCGACAAAGCCACUAUACGCGAAAAUCUGGUCACAUCAAUGGUUUCGCUCUCCUCACCAACAGACAAGUUAUUGAGGAUGCAGAUCGGGGAGGCUGUAUCUGCUGUUGCGUCGUCCGAUUUCCCCAACUCAUGGGGCGAUUUAAUGGCGCGUCUGGUCAACUCGUUCUCUUCGACGGACUACAACGUGAACUUGAGCGUACUUCAAACUGCGCAUAACAUCUUCCUUCCGUGGCGCGCUGCUACUGCUUCUAACGAACUGUAUUCUACCAUCAACCUCGCCCUCAGUCAGUUCCAAGAUUCCUAUUUCGCCUUGUUUCGCGCCACCGCGCCGCAUCUCCUCACUGCUUCAAUAACGGAUGUUUCUGUCUCGUCGCUGCUCGGAGAGACAAUGGAAUUGCUCUUCUCCCUCUAUUAUGACCUUGUCGCUCAGGAUCUUCCCCCAGCAUUUGAAGACGUACAGGAUGAAUUUUUUGGCAAAGAUGGUGGGGAUGAAGGGUGGUUCCUCAAAUUCUUGAAAUGGGACCCGCCCCUUCUGCAGGGUGAUCCCGAUGAUCCCACACCGUCCAAACCCCUUUGCAUUCGCACCAUUAUUUUGGAGAUCUGCGAGCUGUACACACAAAGAUACAAUGAGCUUUUGUCGCCCCGUCUCGGUGCCUUCAUCCAAACUGUGUGGGAGCUGAUAGGUGCAAGCGGGGACACAAUUCGCGAGGAUGCGAUGGUGACUCAGGCAAUCCGCUUCCUCAGCGUCAAUAUCAAGAGUGGAUCCCGGAAAGAUCUGUUCAGCCAGGAAGGAACGCUUCAGAGUCUGUGUGAACGUAUUAUCAUUCCGAGUAUGGCUCUCCGAGAGCACGAGGUGGAACAAUUUGAAGAUGAUCCGCUAGAAUAUAUACGGCGAGACCUCUCGGCAGCGGCUGAGGCGGCUGGGUCGACUCGUCGACAUGCUGCUGGUGAUCUUGUCCGUGCUCUUAUGUCAGUAGGGUUCGAAGGUCAAAUUACCGAAAUUAUCAUGAACGCCGUGAACCAGGCAUUGGCAACAUACAAGACCGACCCGAACGAGUGGAAAGCGAAAGAUGCUGCCAUAUAUCUAUUUACAUCAAUUGCCAGCUUAGGUACCACGACUAGUCAAGGUGGCACUAGCACCAACGCUCUCGUGGAUGUCAUCAGCUUCUUCUCCGAAAACGUGUACUCAGAUCUGAUCACUCAAGAUGGAUCUGUGCAUUCUAUUUUGCAAGUAAAUAGCAUUCGCUUCAUCUACACCUUCCGUUAUCAGCUAACAAAAGAGCAGCUCUUGGCAGUGCUACCUGCCCUUAUUCGUCAUCUUUCAUCAUCUAAUUACGUCUCGUACACCUAUGCCGCUGUUACAAUCGAAAGGAUACUCUUCAUCAAGCGAGAAAAUCAUAUGCUUUUCUCGCAAGUUGAUGUCGCCGAGACUGCUAGGCCAAUCUUGUUGGCUCUGUUCACCAAAAUUCGCGGCUCAACUACUCCAGAGAAGAUAGCAGAGAAUGACUACUUGAUGAAAUGCGUAAUGAGAGUUGUCGUUACGGGCCGUCAAGCCCUUUUCCCAAUUUUUCAAGAAAUCCUUUCGCCCUUGGUUGCUAUCCUUACUGAGAUCAGCAGGAACCCCAGUAAUCCAAACUUCAACCAAUACUGCUUCGAAAGCAUCGCCGCUCUCUUAAGGUUUGUCGUCGCGGCUAGUCCUACAUCCCUAGAAACAUUCGAGAACACGUUGUUUGCUCCUUUUCAGUCAAUUUUGAAAAAUGACGUUGAUCAGUUUGUCCCUUACGUGCUUCAGAUUAUCUCCCAGAUGCUUGAGCUCCAUACGGGGACAAUACCGCCUAACUACGGGGCAUUUCUUCCCCUCUUACUUACUCCAGUCCCAUGGCAGCAAAAAGGAUCUAUUCCAGCGCUGGUGCGACUCCUCAGGGCGUACUUGGUGAAGGACGCUGCCAGCAUCGUUAGGAACGGGCAGCUAAUGGCCAUCUUGGCUGUCAUCCAGCAGCGUCUCAUUCCUUCUAAAAUGAAUGAUUCUUAUGGGUUCGAGCUCUUACAAACGGUCAUAGUCAAUAUCUCAGUUGGGGAAUUGUCGAAGCAUUUCAACGUCAUCCUUUUGACACUGUUGAACCGUCUUCAAUCGACAAAAACGGAUAAGUAUGCUUUAGGGUUUGUGCAGUUUCUAUGUUUCACCAUGGCUGUCCAAGUGGAAGGUUUGAACCCAGGUUUCGUGGUGAAUGCCAUUAAUACUAUUCAGGGGGGCUUAUGGACUUCGAUACUGGGGAAUAUUGUGUUGCCGCAACUGCCGAAGUUUCUUCCUAAGGACAGGAAGUUGGUGACUGUUGGUUUGGCAAGAUUGUUGACCCAGUGUGACGAGAUGCUCCAACCACCGAAUUCUACAUUAUGGCCAUCGACUCUCGUUGCUUUAUUGGAGCUGUUGAACAUGCCAGGCCUCACCAAGGAUUUGGGUACAGAUGCCGAUACUGAAGAUCUCUCAUCUAUCGACCAUGAAGAACAGAAUGCAGGGUAUCAGGCUGCCUUUACACGCUUGGCUGCUUCCACACCGCCAAAAUUUGACCCUGUUGCGUAUGUAGGUGAUGCAAAGGGUUAUUUAAAGUUGGAGUUGUCAAGAUUCGCCAGAAACGAUUCGAGGGCAGACCCUCUGUUGGUAACAGCUACUCAGGGUUCGCCGCUUCUCCAGGUGAUGUUUGCGUCAUAG